GGAUUAUUCGGAAGAUGGAAACCUGUUUGUGUUUUUCAUGUGUCUACUACAUUUGUUGUCAACAUUACAUCUCCAUUAGGAGAUCCAAGUAAAUGUACAGUAAUGUGUGAAUGGCUCUUAACUACGCGUACACCAAACUGAAAGCAGAUGACUGUGAUACAGCGGUGACACUGUUCCUGUAGUUUCACCAUGCCUCAGAAGCUGAUGAAGAGUGCCCACUACAUCGAGCUGGGGGGGAGAUACCAGUACUGGCCCGUGCUGGUCCCCAGAGGGAUAAGGCUGUACACAUACGAACAGAUCCCAGUGUUCCUGAGGGAUAACCCUUACAUCACAGAUGGCUACAGAGCCUACCUGCCCUCCAGGCUAUGCAUCAAAAGUAUGUUCAUCCUGUCCAAUGAGACAGUGAAUAUCUGGAGCCACCUGCUGGGCUUCCUGUUGUUCUUCACGCUGGGGAUCUACGACAUGGCGUCUGUGCUGCCUGCCACCAGGGCCUCCCGGGAGGACUAUGUCAUCUAUUCCAUAGGACUCUUCUGCUUCCAGCUCUGUAUGUUGUGCUCCGUGGGAUACCACCUGUUCUGCUGUCACCGAUCGGAGAAGACCAGUCGUCGCUGGAUGGCUCUGGACUACGCUGGCAUCUCCAUAGGCAUCCUGGGCUGCUACGUACCUGGGGUCUUCUACGCAUUCUACUGCAAUAACUACUGGCGUCAGGUGUACCUGGUGACGGUGCUAGCUAUGAUCCUGGCGGUGUUCUUUGCCCAGAUCCACCCCCACUACCUCAGCAAGCAGUGGCAGAGACUCCGCUCCGCUCUCUUCUGCAGCGUGGCCGGAUACGGCCUCAUCCCCACCGUACACUGGGUCUGGCUCAACGGGGGCUUCUCUUCAGACCUCGUACAGUCUUUUAUUCCUCGUGUUCUGGGGAUGUACGCGAUCGCUGCCGUAGCCUUCGUCUUCUACGUCUCGAAGGUCCCCGAGCGCUACUUCCCAGGGCAGCUGAACUACCUGGGCUCCAGCCAUCAGGUGUGGCAUGUUCUGGUCAUCGUGAUGUUCUACUGGUGGCACCAGGCUGCCCUCUUCAUCUUAACCCACCGCCACAGCCACCCCUGCCCAGACUACACGGUGCACACCUAGGACUACCCAGACUACACGGUGCACACCUAGGACUGCCCAGACUACACGGUGCACACCUAGGACUGCCCAGAGUAAACUACCCCCAGCGUUUCUAGGGCUGCCCCCAGCGUGACUAGGGCUGCCCAGAGUAAAUUACCCCCAGCGUUUCUAGGGCUGCCCAGAGUAAAUUACCCCCAGCGUGACUAGGGCUGCCCAGAGUAAAUUACCCCCAGCGUGACUAGGGCUGCCCCCAGCGUGACUAGGGCUGCCCCCAGCGUGACUAGGGCUGCCCCCAGCGUGACUAGGGCUGCCCCCAGCGUGACUAGGGCUGCCCCCAGCGUGACUAGGGCUGCCCCCAGCGUGACUAGGGCUGCCCAGAGUAAACUACCCCCAGCGUAACUAGGACUGCCCAGAGUAAACUACCCCCAGCGUAACUAGGACUGCCCAGAGUAAACUACCCCCAGCGUGACUAGGACUGCCCAGAGUAAACUACCCCCAGCGUGACUAGGACUGCCCAGAGUAAACUACCCCCAGCGUGACUAGGACUGCCCAGAGUAAACUACCCCCAGCGUAACUAGGACUGCCCAGAGUAAACUACCCCCAGCGUGACUAGGACUGCCCCAGCGUGACUAGGACUGCCCCCAGCGUGACUAGGACUGCCCCCAGCGUGACUAGGGCUGCCCAGAGUAAACUAC